UCACCAUUUCCCAGCAUAUCGGCUGGCGUGUCACCUUAUCUCCCUGUGCCGUGUUUGAGGGGCUAUCUCACAUAUUUCUCCCGGAGGAUUUUCACGGCCGUUCAGUCAGGGCUGUGCUGGUUAAUGGGCGUCUUGGACGGCUGCCUUUCCUCAUCCAUGUGUGCCCCUCUGAGUGCGCUGUGAGCAGCAGCAGGAGCAGAGGCAGCAGCACCUUGGAAGCGCAGAAGGAGGAGGAGGAGGACUGCUUUCUGCCGUGCCGUGCGGUGCCGCGUCGUAUAGUGGAAAUACGCUCGCUUGCUCUGGUUACUAUCAAAACCAGUCGGAGAGAAGAAGAAGAAGGACACGAAGUGAAGAAGGCUUCACAGACUCAUUUUGUGAAUUGUUAACGGGACGGGCCUGCUACAGUGGACAUGUCUUCAGAAUGAAUCUCUCAAACUGAACCGGAGUUACAACCCACAUUUUCAUCUGAAAGUAGAGAGGAGGCAACCAUGGAGGUGAAGGAACGCAGACCCUACCGCUCGCUCACGACCCGGCAGGACACCGAGCGCCGUUACACCAGCUCCUCUGCAGACAGCGAAGAUGGUAAACCCAACUCUAAAUCCUACAGCUCCAGCGAAACACUCAAAGCCUUCGACCACGACUCGAGGAUGGCGUACGGCAGCAGCCGUGUGAAGGAAAUAGUUCACCACGAAGUGGAUGAAUUCAGCCGGCAAGGGGCGGACUUUUCCCUGCGAGACCUCGGCUUUGGAGAUGGCCUUCCUUCGCAUGUCGCUACGUACAGGAGCGACAUGGGGCUGCCUCACCGUGACUACUCAGUCAGCGUGGGCUCUGACGCAGACACAGAGACGGAUGGCAUCAUGUCCCCGGAACACGCGGUCAGGCUGUGGGGCCGCAGCAACACCAAGUCGGGCCGCAGCUCGUGUCUCUCCAGCAGGGCCAACUCCAACCUAACACUCACUGACACUGAACACGAGAACACAGAAAACGGUCCUCCGCUGCAUUGUUCAUCCGCCUCCUCCUCCCCUGUUGAGCAGCUCCCAUACCCUCCCCCUUCCAUUGCAGCCAAUGAGAACCACGGGAGGUUGCUAGGUAACAGUGCGGCUCAGCCAGCCCAGGACUCUGACUCUGAGGAUGAGUUUGGCCCCAAUUCAUUCUUAGUUAAAACUGGCUCAGGGAACCUGUAUGCUCCUUCCGCUGCAACUACUGAUGACGGAGCAUUUCAAAAUCACUCUCGGCUGCGGACGCCUCCGCUACCCCUCUCCCAUUCUCACUCGCCCAAUCAUCAGCACCAUGCAGCCUCUAUUAACUCGUUAAACAGGAGCAACUACACUCCACGGAGCAACGCCAGUCCAGCGCCCACAGACAGCUCCGCUCCCCCGGAGGGUCCCGCCAGUGGUCAAGACUCCAGCAGCGUUCAGGACAACUGGCUCCUCAACAGCAACAUCCCGCUGGAAACGAGAAAUAUAGCAAAGCAGGCAUUCCUUGAGACUUUGCAGGACAACUUGAUUGAGAUGGACAUUCUGGCAUCAGCACGCCAUGAUGCCUCGUACAACGACGGGCAUUUCCUGUUCAAACCAGGUGGAACAUCACCAAUGUAUUGCACAACUUCACCGGGGUACCCUCUGACCUCCAGCACGGUGUACUCACCUCCCCCACGCCCUUUACCUCGAAACACCUUCUCUCGACCUGCCUUCAGCUUGAAGAAGCCCUACAAGCACUGCAACUGGAAAUGUGCUGCUCUCAGUGCCAUCCUCAUCUCAGUGACGCUGCUGCUGCUGUUAGCCUACUUCGUUGCCAUUCACCUUUUGGGGUUAAACUGGCACCUCCAACCCAUGCAGAGACAGAUGUACCAGCUGUCAGAAGAUAAUACAAGUGGCCUACCAUUCCCUACAGACUUGAGUUUACCACCGCUAGGCAACACGGGGCUGGAGAUACCAGAUCACAGGGGAAAAGAUGACAGCAAAUUGGACAGCUUGUUCCCGGAUGACAGCUAUAUAGAUAUGGGGGAGAUUGACGUGGGACGCAAGGUCGCCCAGCAGAUUCCUCCUGGUAUCUUCUGGAGAUCCCAGGUCUUCAUCGAUCAUCCCAUGUACCUAAAGUUUAACGUUUCACUCAGCAAAGAUGCCUUAGUGGGAAUAUAUGGAAGAAGAGGCCUUCCUCCGUCACACACACAGUUUGACUUUGUAGAGCUGUUGGAUGGGCGGCGGCUCCUGGCCCAGGAUGCUCACAGUCUGGAGGGGCCUGCAGCUCUGCAGCGGAGUCUCGUACCAAUCACCACACACGACACAGGCUUUAUCCAGUACAUGGACUCGGGCAUCUGGCACCUAGCCGUCUACAACGACGGGAAGGAAACCGAAACCGUUUCCUUCCUCACCACUGCCAUAGAUUCCAUUGAUGACUGUCCCAGCAACUGCUUUGGAAAUGGUGACUGUGUUUCUGGAACAUGCCAUUGCUUUUUAGGAUUCAAAGGGCCCGACUGUGGGCGAGCUGCCUGUCCGGUGCUGUGCAGUGGGAAUGGUCAAUACCUUAAAGGUCGUUGCAUGUGCCACAGCGGCUGGAAGGGCUCCGAAUGUGAUGUCCCCACCAGCCAGUGCAUCGACAUCACGUGCAGUGGCCAUGGGACCUGCAUUGGGGGAACCUGCAUCUGCAACCCUGGAUACAAAGGGGAGAACUGCGAAGAAGUGGACUGCCUGGAUCCAACGUGCUCGGGCCGAGGCGUUUGUGUCCAGGGAGAGUGCCACUGCUUCAUCGGCUGGGGAGGACCGGGAUGUGAAAGCCCCAGGGCCUCCUGCAUGGACCAGUGCUCUGGACAUGGAGCUUUCCUGGCAGACACUGGAACCUGCAGCUGCGAUCCCAACUGGACGGGCCACGACUGCUCUACAGAGAUUUGUGCAGCCGACUGUGGAGGCCACGGCGUUUGUGUUUCAGGCACCUGUCGCUGUGACGACGGCUGGAUGGGCGCCGGGUGUGACCAGAGGGCGUGUCACCCGCGCUGCAACGAGCACGGCACAUGCAAGGACGGCAAAUGUGAAUGCAGUCCUGGUUGGAACGGAGAACACUGCACCAUUGCUCACUAUCUGGAUAAGGUAGUGAAAGAGGGUUGUCCUGGUUUGUGCAACGGAAAUGGCAGGUGCACUCUGGGUAACAACGGCUGGUACUGUGUGUGCCAGCUGGGCUGGAGGGGCACCGGCUGUGACACCUCUAUGGAAACCGCCUGCAGUGAUGUCAAGGACAACGAUGGAGAUGGCCUGGUGGAUUGCAUGGAUCCAGACUGCUGUCUUCAGGCAACCUGUCACACCACCUCUUUAUGCGUGGGCUCGCCCGACCCCCUGGACAUCAUCCAGGAGACGCAGAUGUCCUCUGCACAGAGCAACCUGCAGACGUUCUACGACCGAGUGAGCUUCCUGGUGGGCAGGGACAGUACACACACCAUCCCUGGAGCUAACCCCUUCGACGGAAACCAUGCUUGUGUCAUUCGUGGGCAGGUGGUCACUUCAGAUGGAACCCCGCUGGUUGGAGUUAACGUCAGCUUCAUCAACAAUCCGGCGUUUGGCUACACAAUUACCAGGCAGGAUGGAAGCUUCGACUUGGUGACCAACGGGGGCAUAGCCAUAGCUUUGCACUUUGAGCGCGCUCCAUUCAUCACUCAGGAGCACACUCUGUGGUUGCCAUGGGGACGGUUCUUUGUCAUGGACACCAUUGUCAUGCGGCACGAGGAAAAUGACAUCCCGAGCUGCGACCUCAGCAGCUUCUCCCGGCCCAUCCCUGUGGUGUCCCCGGCGCCGCUCACAGCCUUCGCCGGCUCCUGCUCAGAAAGGGGGACAGUGGUGCCCGAAAUCCAGUCUCUACAGGAGGAAGUGCGUAUACCAGGGACAGAGAUGAAGCUCAGCUAUCUAAGCAGCAGAACUCCAGGUUAUAAGUCAAUUCUGAGGGUGACCCUCACGCACUCCACCAUUCCUUUCAACUUGAUGAAGGUUCACCUCAUGGUGGCUGUGGAAGGCAGGCUAUUCAGAAAGUGGUUUCCUGCAGCUCCCAACCUCUCCUAUGACUUUGUGUGGGACAAGACGGACGUCUACAGCCAGAAGGUGUAUGGCCUCUCUGAGACCUUUGUUUCAGUGGGUUUUGAGUAUGAAUCAUGCCCAGACCUUAUUCUGUGGGAGAAGAGGACUGCUGUACUACAAGGCUACGAAACAACCGCCUCCAAACUUGGAGGGUGGACAGUAGACAAGCAUCAUGCUCUAAAUAUCCAGAGUGGCAUUCUUCACAUGGGCAACGGAGAGAACGUGUUCAUCUCCCAGCAGCCGCCCGUAAUCGGCAGCAUGAUGGGAAACGGGCGCAGGCGCAGUAUCUCCUGCCCCAGCUGUAACGGCCUUGCUGACGGAAACAAACUCCUGGCCCCCGUGGCUCUUGCUUGCGGCUCAGAUGGAAGUCUGUACGUGGGCGACUUCAACUAUGUGAGGAGGAUUUUCACCACAGGGAACGUCACCAGCGUCCUGGAGCUGAGAAAUAAAGACUUCAGGCACAGCAACAGCCCUGCUCAGAAGUACUACCUGGCCUCCAGCCCUGUGAAUGGCGCGGUGUACCUGUCCGAUACAGGCAGCAGGAAAGUGUUCAGGGUCAAAUCUCUGACUGUUGUGAACAACGUUGCUAAGAAUCUGGAGCUGGUUGCUGGAACCGGUGACCAGUGUCUCCCAUACGAUGACGCUCGCUGCGGGGAUGGAGGGAAAGCUGUUGAGGCCACUCUCACCAAUCCCAGAGGCAUUACGGUGGAUAAGUAUGGGGUAAUCUUCUUUGUGGAUGGAACCAUGAUUCGCAGGAUUGAUCAGAAUGGUAUCAUCUCCACUCUUCUGGGCUACAAUGACUUAACCUCCGCUCGACCUCUCAGCUGUGAUGCCGUUAUGGACAUUUCUCAGGUACGCCUUGAGUGGCCGACAGACCUGGCAGUGAGUCCCAUGGACAACUCUCUGUACGUUCUGGACAACAAUGUUGUUCUACAAGUCUCAGAGAACCAUCAAGUCCGCAUUGUAGCAGGCCGCCCCAUGCACUGCCAAGUACCUGGCAUUGAUCACUUUCUUAUGAGCAGAGUGGCCAUCCAUGCAACUCUAGAGUCAGCAAAUGCCUUGACUGUGUCACACAACGGUGUUUUGUACAUUGCCGAGUCUGAUGAAAAGAAAAUCAACAGAGUGCGACAGGUGUCCACCAAUGGAGAGAUCUCUCUGGUUGCAGGGGCACCAAGUGGCUGCGACUGCAAAAAUGACGUCAACUGCGAUUGUUACUCUGGAGAUGGAGGCUAUGCCAAGGACGCCAAGCUGAAUGCACCCUCUUCCCUUGCUGUGUGCCCAGAUGGAGAGCUUUAUAUUGCAGAUCUUGGAAACAUUCGUAUUCGCUAUGUGCGGAAAAACAAACCCUUUCUGAAUCCUCUCAGUAUGUAUGAGGUAUCCUCUCCAAUUAAUGAUGAACUCUAUCUGUUUGAUUCCAACGGCAGCCACAUUUUCACACAAAGUCUGACAACAGGAGACCAUCUCUACAAUCUGACCUACACAGGAAAGGGAGAUAUAAGUGGUAUCACAGAUAAGAACAAGAACUCAGUGACCAUCCGACGAGACACUACAGGAAUGCCUCUGUGGCUAAUGGUCCCUGAUGGGCAGACCUUUUGGUUCACCAUUGGUACUAACAACGCCCUUAAAACUGUUGCUGCACAGGGUCAAGAACUAGCUGUAAUGACCUACCAUGGGAGCUCAGGACUUCUUUCUUCUAAGACAAAUGAAAAUGGAUGGACAACUUUCUUUGAGUACGACGGUUACGGGCGACUAACCAACAUCACUUACCCCACCGGCAGAGUAAGCAGCUACCGCACAGAAGCCGACAGCUCGGUCCGCAUCCAGACAGAGGGCUCCAAUAGAGAGGAUAUCACAGUCACCACCAACCUGUCUGCCUCUGGCAACUUCUACACACUUUUGCAAGAACAAGUUCGGAACAGCUACUUUAUUGGUUUGGACGGUUCAUUGCGGCUUGUUCUUGCCAAUGGUAUGGAGGUCUCUCUGUAUACCGAGCCCCACCUGCUGGCCGGGACAGUCAACCCCACCGUCAGCAAGAGGAACAUUACUCUGGCCAUUGACAAUGGCCUCAACCUGGUGGAGUGGAGACAAAGGAAGGAGCAGGCUCGUGGUCAAGUCACCGUAUAUGGACGCAGAUUGAGGGUUCAUAACCGGAAUCUGCUGUCGCUAGACUUUGAUCGGAUCACCAGGACAGAAAAGGUCUAUGAUGAUCACAGGAAGUUCACUUUACGGAUCCACUAUGAUCACGCUGGUCGGCCCACUCUGUGGGCUCCAAGCAGCCGUCUCAACGGAGUUAAUGUCACUUACUCCUCUGGGGGGCAUGUGGCGGGGAUCCAGAGAGGCACCAUGUCUGUCCGCAUGGAAUAUGAUGUAAAUGGCAGAAUCACGUCCCAGAUAUUUGCUGAUGGUAAAUAUUGGAGCUACACUUACCUCGAAAAGUCCAUGGUGCUGCUUCUCUACAGUCAGAGGCAGUACAUCUUUGAAUUUGACAAAAACGAUCGAUUGUCUUCCAUUACCAUGCCCAACGUAGCUCGGCACACCUUGGAGACGUCCCGCUCUAUUGGCUACUACAGAAACACCUACCGACCCCCUGAAGGCAACGCAUCGGUGCUCCAAGACUACAGCGAGGCCGGACAGUUGCUGCAGACCACCCACCUGGGCACAGGUCGCAGGGUCAUCUACAAGUACGGCAAGCUCUCCAAGCUGCUGGAGAUCCUUUACGACACCACACGGAUUGGUUUCUCCUACGACGAGAUGGCGGGGAUGCUGAAGACCGUCAAUCUCCAGAGCGAAGGCUUCACCUGCACGAUCCGCUACAGACAGAUUGGCCCGCUCAUCGAUAGGCAGAUUUUUAGGUUCAGCGAGGAGGGCAUGGUCAACGCAAGGUUUGACUAUGUCUACGACAACAGCUUCCGAGUCACCAGCAUGCAGGCGGUUAUUAACGAAACUCCGCUACCAAUUGACUUGUAUCGCUAUGACGACGUGUCAGGCAAAACAGAACAGUUUGGCAAAUUUGGAGUAAUUUAUUACGACAUAAAUCAAAUUAUAACCACAGCAGUGAUGACGCACACCAAACACUUUGACGCCUACGGUCGAGUGAAGGAGGUCCAGUAUGAGAUUUUCCGUUCACUCAUGUACUGGAUGAUGGUGCAGUAUGACAACAUGGGGCGUGUGGUGGCCAAAGAGCUCAAAGUUGGACCUUAUGCCAACACAACACGCUACACCUAUGAGUAUGAUGCUGACGGUCAGCUCCAGGUGGUCUCCAUCAACGACAAACCAUUGUGGAGGUACAGCUACGACCUGAACGGCAACCUGCACCUCCUCAGCCCUGGAAACAGUGCGCGCCUCACCCCGCUACGCUACGACAUCAGAGACCGCAUCACCCGCUUGGGAGAUGUGACAUACCGGAUGGAUGAGGACGGCUUCCUGAAGCAACGAGGGAACGACUACUUUGAGUAUAACUCAGCUGGUCUGCUGACGAAGGUAUACAACAAAGCGAAUGGGUGGAGCAUCAAGUAUCGCUACGAUGGCCUGGGCAGGCGGGUUUCCAGCAGAAGCAGCACAGAUCACCACCUGCAGUUCUUCUAUGCCGACUUGUCCAGCCCCACUCGGGUCACCCACAUGUACAACCACUCCAGCUCUGAGAUUGCCUCGCUAUACUACGAUCUGCAGGGACACCUAUUUGCCAUGGAGCUAAGCAGCGGCGACGAGUUUUACGUGGCGUGCGACAACAUCGGCACUCCUCUCGCUGUGUUCAGCGGUUCAGGCCUCAUGAUUAAGCAGAUUCUCCACACAGCGUUCGGAGAGGUUUACCUGGACACCAAUCCCAGCUUCCAGAUUAUAAUUGGCUACCAGGGAGGACUGUAUGAGCCUCUUAGCAAACUGGUCCACAUGGGCAAACGGGAUUACGAUGUCCUCGCUGGCCGCUGGACAACACCGGACAGAGAGAUCUGGAGUCAUCUCAAUAACAAUCGCAUCGUUCCAUUCAACCUGUACAUGUUCAAGAAUAACAAUCCACUCAGCAAUAAUGAGGAGACAAAGUGCUACAUGACAGAUGUGAACAGCUGGCUUGUGACCUUUGGCUUCCAGCUGUAUAAUGUUAUCCCCGGCUAUCGUAAACCGAGCACAGAGAGCAUGGAGCCCUCCUACGAGUUAGUCCGCACCCAAAUCAAGACACAGGAGUGGGACAGCACCAAGUCUUUGCUGGGCGUUCAGUGCGAAGUUCAAAGGCAGCUCAAAGCUUUCGUCAAGCUGGAACGCUUUGGUCAAAUCUACAACGCCAAAAGCGCAGGAUGUCCCCAGACAGAGGGGAAGAAGAUCUUCGCCUCUGGUGGCUCCAUCUUUGGAAAGGGGGUGAAGUUCGCCAUCCGAGACGGCCGCAUCAGCACCGACAUCAUCAGCCUGGCCAACGAGGACGGACGCCGCAUGGCCGCCGUUCUGAAUGACGCGUUCUAUCUUGAAAACCUUCACUUCACCAUCGCAGGGAUGGACACCCACCAUUUUGUCAAGCUGGGCUCAGUGGAGGGAGACCUGGCGCUCAUUGGCAUGACGGUUGGCCGGCGCACGUUGGAGAACGGUGUCAACGUCACCGUGUCUCAGGUCAACACCGUGCUGAAUGGCAGGACUAGGCGCAUCACCGACAUCCAGCUGCAGCAUGGAUCAUUGCUCCUCAACACGCGAUACGGCGGCAGCGUAGACGAAGAGAAAGCCCGGGUUCUGGAGCUGGCCCGGCAGAGGGCCGUCGGCCAAGCCUGGGCCCGGGAGCGCCAGAGACUCAGAGAUGGGGAGGAAGGCUCAAGAACCUGGACUGAGGGAGAGAAGCAGCAGCUUCUGGGUUCAGGGAAGGUGCAAGGCUAUGACGGAUACUAUGUGGUUUCAGUUGACCAAUACCCCGAGCUGGCAGACAGUGUCAACAACAUCCACUUCAUGAGACAGAGUGAAAUGGGCCGAAGGUGACAUGAACACGAGGCUGUCGGAUAACGGACUCCGAUGUAGGAAAUGGGACUUCUUGCCAAAGACAGUUGUGUACAUGACCACACUUUUUUUUUCUUUGACUGUGCCCAACUUGGUUUUUAAUAUGCUGUAAACAAGAUGACGGUUGCAAACAGUUGCACUGCACUGACAGAAGAGUGCCCUUCUCCUUCUGAGGAUUCUUUACCAGUCUUUGCCCUUCAAGUGCGGCUGCUACAGGAUGAAAAUCUGUGAUGUCUUUUGGCUUAUUUUUGUGACUCCAUUUCCUCGUACCUGUUGGUGAUUCUCUUCAAAGGAAUCUGAGAGGAGUUUUGGUGAUCCAUUGUGUUUCUCCGGCUCUCUCUUUCUGCUAACAGACUUUUGCAGAUUGUAAUUCAGAAACCUGCUCCAUUCUGCCUUUUUCUGCGCCUCAGCCAAGGAGAUUCCAUCUCUUUUAAUCACUCCUUUUUUUUAUACUUGAAGCCCUCAUAGCCCCUGUCAUCCAUUAAUAAUGAGAGAAAUUGCUGUUGGCCGUAAUGCCCUUCAUCAAAACCACAGCUGAACUUGUCAAAGCACCUUCGUUUGUGUGAUGUCUCAGAGUUCUAUGAGAGGAGGCUUUGUGCUCAUUUGUGGUCUUAAGGUUUCUGUGCACCCUGAAAUGUGCAUGUCGGCCUUUUUUAUUAAGUACAAAACCUGCAAAAAUGCUUAAUGACAGCGCCUUGCAGAAGGUAGAUCAUUUCCUGUUGGGCUUUUUCACAUUUUCUCCAGUUUCUCUACAAGCUUCGGCAUAUUAUUCUGGAUUUUAUUGGAUAAAUCAACAUAGAGGACUGUUUUAAAUAGAGAAAUCUAAAAGAUUUUCAUAUCUCUUUUACAAAUGAAACCUUAAAAGUCUGUCAUACUUUAUUUAGCUUCCACUUCCCUUGUACGUCUAAAUAAAAUCUCCUGCAACCAACUCCACCAGUCUGUAUUUUCAGUAUAAAUACAGCUGGUAUGUGAUCUCACUGGUAUGUCAGAGACUAUUUUUGAACAAAAUAACAUAAAACAGAUGAAAUACUUUUCUGAUGUGAUAUAAUAUGAAAAAGCUCAACAGACUUAAUCAUUUUUGCAGAGCUCUGCAGGCCUAAAUUGAAUAAGCGUGCAAUCUCAGUCAAUUAGAAUAUUGUUGAAAAGUAAAUUAUUUCAGUGAUUCAGUUCAAAAAGUGAAUCUCUUACAUUAUUCAGAUUAAUUAAGCAGAGUUAUAUAUAUUUAAGUUUGCAUUUCUGUUAUUUUGUCGAGCUGGCCUUUAUUGUUCCAGAUAUAGAAAUGGUUGUCUGAAAAUGUUUUGGGAAAUUUAUGAAGUAUAAAUUUUUAAUGAAUUUUUUAAAUGCAGUACCACCCAUAGGCAAAAUGCCUAUGGGUGGUACUGUGGUACACAUUUAAGGAGUAAUCACUGUCCUCUAAAUUCCCAGCUCGGUUGGCAUGCUAAGAGGCACAGCAACGCCACCCUGGCAGGAUGCGGGGAACUGAGUGCGCAGGAAGGGGCAGGGCUUAGGGUGGGCUUGCCAGGUUGGGCUUGGAACCCACUCAUUACUGCUUGCAGUUCUAGUUUGUAAUUUUAGUCAUUCUGGUGUUCAGGCUUUCAGAAAUUGCAAAUGGUUCAUUUUUAAUUCAGAAGUGUUAUUUUAUGGGCGUGUUUUAUGGGACAGUCAUUACCUUCUUUAAGUGACCUUGAGUGUUAUGAAAGACAAUUCUAAAUAAAAUGUAUUAUUGUUAUUAUUACGCCAUUGUUGUUGGCUUAACAGUUAUUAAUGCUGGCUGUUCAUAUGACACUCUGUCCAAACGCAAGAAAGUUUAGUGGGAAGAAGAAGUAGAUAUAAAAACAACGGUGAUUUUAAAGGAAGUCUAUUCAAGAAUUGCGGCGAGAUUUACAAGGCAUUCAAUGUGAAAGAGAAAAUCUGCUAAAGGCCAGGGUAAUCCCUGUUCCUUUGUGCACUUUUAAUGUGCGACACGUUUUCCUCCAUCUUAAUUUUCUCCUAAUAUGCUUGGCCACAGGUGUAUGUGAACACCCAGCUUUAUAAACAAUGAUCUUUAGUGGCAAAAUUUUGUUUUUUAGCUACAACUAAUAAUUUUCGUAAUUAACCUUUUUUAUAAUAUUCUAAUUAACUGAGAUGCACCUGUAGUAAAAGAAACAAGGGAUAUGAUAUUGGAUUUUUAUUUUUUGUGUUCCUCUUUUCAGUGAAUUUUCAAAAAUCGAAAUUUAGGAUAGAUCUUUUUGGUACGUGGUCAGACAACUCAAUCACAAAACUACAUGAAGAGCCAACCCUGUAAGAAAAUACUGUGGAACUAUUCUGUAUUAAAGAACAAAAAGGUAUUUUCUGGGACUGGUUUUGAACUAUAUUUUCAUUUUGUUUUAUAAAUAGCUAUAUGAAUUAACAGUAUAACAAAUGUGAAUUUAAAAAUAAUGUGAAUUAUUGUCCCUUCUAUUGUUGAUUGUUGUACUUGAACAAUACUUGGGGGGUGUUUGGACACAUGGAAUAAAACAAUGAGGAGGGUUUUAGUGAAAUCCCUUACUGUGUCUUUCAUUAGACUCACUGCUUUUUUUCAUGAAUUUCGAUUUCCUGGUGGGAAGCACUGAGGAGUUAAAAGUCAGUAUUCCACAACACAGCGUCCAAUCCGAUUAAACUUUGGGUGAAAAUGGUUUUAAAUAGUGUGAGGCUAGCCAGAAGGUCAAAGAAAGCAGUUAAUUCAGUCAUACAUGCUCCAUUAGCAUAUUGGCUGCAGAGGUAAAUGGGCUUUGGGUCGUACUGUGGGUCUGAUGAAAGAUACAAAUUGCCUUUGCCCAAAGGGCUGCCCGCAGGUCAGCAUAGAAAGUGCUUUUAUUCUCCAGGAUAGGGCUCCUCUUAGUUGGAGGAAAUGCAUUUGACCUGCAGGUGUUCUGGUUCCCGUUUACAGACUAAAGGUUGUCUAUACACACCAACUUUUGCCACAUGGACACUUUUUGGCCCUCGUACAUCUGUGACCCCCUCUCUCUCCUACACACACCUUCUCUUUUCAUGUCCCUCCCCUGGUGGAUACUGCAAAGGACAGUUUACUUGUGCUCGUUUAAAAAUGUCAUGAUGUGAAAACUCACAAGGAGACAAUUUUGAAAGUUGUGACAUUGAUUUGACUUCUGGUACCGUUUUGAACUAUGCCAAGCCACUUCACACUCCUGACUGUCAUUUUCCGAUCAAGCAUAUAGACUUGUCUGUGUGUCUAUAGGUGGUGAGAGCAUGAUUGAGUGUCUCAAUCUGUACAAACGAUUAAGCAAAUUGGACAAGACUUCUUUUCUUUUUUUUGCUGUUUUUUUAUGAUGGUUGAUUCAGUGGCAUUUUGUUCCUGAAAAACAAUAUGUAUGUUCAGCAUAAUAUGAAUGAAGGAUAUUUGCAUUGUGGAAUAUUGCACUGAUAAUUGUUGCGUCAUAAGACUGUAUCUUUUUCUAAAAGUUUUUGGACUCAUUUUGAGUUUCGGUUUGUUCUCAACACUGUGUUUUUAGCGCUUCUUCUGACUGUGUAAAUAUGAGGACAUCCAAGUAAGCUGUAAAUAAAAUGCAAAUGUAGAUACCUCUUAGAGCUACAUUGGUGACCCUGUGUAGUCUUAAGGUAGAAAAAAAAAUAAAGGGACUAUUUUGUGUUUA